AUGGCAUCCAACCCACCUCCACUCCGCCAACCCAUCUCAUCCUCUGCCGUCACCUAUCCUAGCCCACUCUCGGCCUCCGACUCGAUGAACUCCACCCCCCCAAGUGCUGAUCUCCAGUCAGCCGACAACCAGCACUCACCCUCGACUCGCAUCCCAUUACCUGCACGUGAUGAUCACUCGAUCUCUCAUGCCGGCCCUGGGGUCGGCAACAGGGCCACCGAAAUUCAACUCAGAUUAGAACAGCUCCAGAACCUCAGCCUGGGAGUCGCCAUGGACAAAAUCAACAGCAACAACCAAUUAGCAGAACUACCUGCCAAAGAGCCUCCUCCCCCUCCCACCCCUCCAACCACUCAGCCCCUCCUCUCAGCUGCUAACAGCAGCGUGAUCACCCCAGAACGACCCUUGAGCGUCGUCGAAGAGUAUUCGACCAACAACACAACCCAAGACCAAACCCCUUCACACCCUGCAUCUUCAUCCACCACUCCCUCCUCCAAGGACAUGUCAGAUAACAGUCAAUCCUCCCCAACUCAGCUGGUCAACCAGUCUCAAUCGACCAUCCACCCCGUUCAGAUACCAUCAAGUACUAUCGCCAUGCCUCCUAGUCCUCUUCGAUCACCCGCCUGCAAUAACUCUCCCGAUCCAUCAUCUCCCCUUCCCGAACGUUCUUCCGUCCACAGCUCUCGUGCAAUCAAGUCAGCUCCGACUACCAAGGUCGAUGUCUCUCACAAGCAGGCUGAACCUACACAUCAUACGGUACCUAAAGCGCCUGUCGCGGCGGAGCGGAAGAGCGUUUUCGGGAAGCUAUUUGAACGUCGCAGUGAGAUCAAGUCGGUCGGAAAUGGUGGUAGCACCAGUACUGAAGGCAGUGGUAACGAGAGUGAAUCUGCCCCAGGUCUCAACGGCAAAUUGAGUCGCAAGGGGAGUGGGAAGGCCGUAGCGGCCCACGUCAAUGAUAUCGGCGGUACCGGUCUUCAUCCACCCGAGAACAUCUCUGGGGCUCGAUUGAUGGCCUUACAAGGCUCACUGGACUCAUCACAUCUCAAUGGGAAAAAUAAAGCGACGAGCGAGCGGAGUGGAGAGGAGAAGACCUUCGGAGGUUCGUCCAAGCUCAGGGAGAUGGUCGGUGGCAAGCUGGGUCGGAAGCCUUCCUCCUCCAAGGGUGGGCGGAGCGAAGACGGCAAGAGCGAGGACGGCGAGAACCGUAGUAGGGCCGGAAGCCAAGCUACGACCUCCUUACUCAAAAAGUAUGGGGUCUGUGAGAAGGCUGCUAUCGGCAAAGGCGCCACCGCCGUCGUCCGUCUAGCUCAUAAGUGGGAUCGAGGGACUGAUAAACUCUACGCAGUUAAAGAGUUCCGGAAACGGAGAAAGAACGAGAGUGAAAAGGAAUACGUCAAGAAGCUUACCAGUGAAUUUUGCAUAUUUUCAACGCUACAUCAUGAAAAUAUUGUUGACACAGUGGAUCUGGUCCAAGACGAGUCUCCGCAUUGGUGCAAUGUGAUCGAGUACUGUCCGGGUGGGGAUCUAUAUGCAGCGAUCAAGCGAGGGUCGAUGAAGCAACCGGAGAUCAACUCAUACUUCAAACAGAUCCUUAACGGAAUCGCCUAUCUCCAUCAGAUGGGCGUCGCCCAUCGGGAUAUCAAGCCCGAGAACUUGCUUCUCGACGGUAAGGGUCGGAUCAAAAUCACCGACUUUGGGGUCUCUGAUGUGUUUCGGAUGUGCUGGGAAAAAACCACUCAUCUGAGUAAAGGGCUGUGUGGUUCAGAACCCUAUCUUCCCAAAGAGAUCUUUGAGCGGAAGGAAUAUGAUGCCCGAUUAGUGGACGUAUGGUCAUGUGGGAUAGUGUAUUACUGUUGUUGUAUACAAGAACUACCGUGGAGGGUGGCCAAGAAGAGCGAUCCGAGUUUUAUGAGCUUCUUUGAAUCCUAUGACUCCUCUCUUACUCCCACCCCUCUCAUCAACCUCAUCAAAGACUCGCGGAAAAUCAUCAAGAAAAUGCUCAAACCGGAGCCUGAAGGUCGUGUUCAAAUCGAUGAAGUCCUGAAUGAUGAAUGGGUCGCCGGGCUCCAGGUCUUGGCUGUUUAACCUUCCCUUCACUUCCUUUUUUUUUGGUUUUCUUCUUCGGUCAUCAAACAUCUUAAGAUCUCAUCGGUCCUCUUGUUUUUUGCUUCUUUCCUGUUUUUUUUUCUCUUUUGAUCUUUUUCUUUAGAUGGUUUUAUUUUGCUGAAUCAUUACUCACUACUUUACACACACACAUAUAUAUAUAUUACUUCUUUCUUUGUCAUUAACUCCGCUUGUCUUCUUUUCUUUCUUUUCUUUUUCUUUUCUUUUUUUUUUGUACAUUGUUUUUUUUUUUUUGACUUUUUGACUUUUUUUUGGUAUUGUUUAAAACACAUUUUUUUUUCUUCCAGAAGAUUAUUAAAAUACAUAUACACACACAUCAUGACAUACAUACAUUUUUUUUUGG